GGCUUAUUAGAAAUUGUUGUAUAAAAGAGAAGAGUGAGAGGGAGAGAAAAGAGAAACAAAGGUCAAAGGAAGGCAGUUGAGAUUUAAUGGUAGUAUAGGGGUAAUGAUUUUUGGUGAAGACAGAUCAGAAACUCGUGAUAAAGAAUUUUUAUCUUUUCAUUGUCGAUCUCUCUGUGUCCAGAGAUUAUCAGUCCCUCCUUCAGGAAUUCACAGCUUCUUCUCGUGAUCUUUUCUCUGCCUAUUUAUUCAUUUCUUUCAUGUAGACGCCUGUCCAACACUGCUUCUAUAAUUUCUUUAAACCUAGACACUUCCAACAAGAUUGAAUAUCAUCAACUCGUUUCUUUUAAAGGCGUUUUUUGAACUUCUUUUUUGAGUUCUCUACAAAAUGGGUAGUUGUGGGAGGAGUGGAGCGGUGAGGCAGUAUAUAAGAUCAAAGGUGCCUCGUUUGAGAUGGACUCCUGAGCUUCAUCACUGUUUUGUUCACGCUAUUGAGAGACUUGGUGGCCAUGAAAAAGCUACUCCUAAACUUGUUCUUCAGUUGAUGGAUGUGAAAGGACUCACCAUUUCACAUGUCAAGAGCCAUCUCCAGAUGUAUAGAAGCAUGAGGAGUGAUCUGGGAAGACAAGAUAAGAGUUCUACUCAGCAAGGAAGACAAUCUUUUGAACACCAUGAUGGGUGUGUUGAUGAAGAAAAUGAUAUGGGUUUUCAGCACCCAUCUUCAGAACCAAUAAAAGAAUCAGAUUCUCAAUGCAUCUACACUACUCAACCUUCAAAAAGAGCUAGAACCGAGACAAUGAGUUCAAUCUCUGAUCAGAACCUGCAGCAAUGCAGCCAAGGAAUAUGUGAAACUGUCUCAACUCCGUACCCUUUUGAUGAUUAUCUGCAUAAAGGAAUGAAGGAGGCUUAUGGUGCACCUGCUCCAUCACCACUUCAUCUUCGCAACCUAAACUCUUUCAAAUAUGCUUUGCCAGAAUCUCAUUUCCUCAGGGUUGAUAAACUAGAGGAUUUAAAUUCCUCACAUGGAAACAAUGGAAGGGGAAGAGCAGAUGACAAAGAGGUUGUUGAUUACGAGUUAUCGUUGUCACUCUCUUUGCCAUCCCAGAGAAGUAAUGGUUGUUCUUCAACAAGCGAGAUGAGCGAGGCAAUUUCAUACUCUAGGUCUAAUUUUAAAGAAUGCUUUGGUUCAUCUUCCAGGAGAUAUAAUAACAUUAAUUUAGAUCUAUCAAUUGCUCUUUGUGGUACCUAGUCAAUAUCACUGUAAAAAUAUUCUUAUCAAGUUUAUCUUCCUUUUUUUCAUUA